AUGAAGCCUGAUUCUGAUCUCAAUGAUCAGCAGGCUGAUGAUCACCAUAGCCAUCCUGAUAAGAAGCGCAAACGCUCCCUCAAUGAGCAACAGAGUCUCUGCUUGGUACAGCAUGGAAAGGAUGUACUUGGGAAAUCUGCUGACCAGGAAGAAAACCAGCCUGAAUUAGGUGGAGGGACUAAACUGACUGUGAAGAAGGCACCGUCUCGGUGUACAAGCUGUGUUAUAGAAUGGCCUGAUGCGUUCAAAGUGUUAGAAGAGACUCAUAAGGCUUUGAAUCUAGUCUUUACAUUUUGUUGCAGCCGGAAACAUCUUGCAACAACGUUUGAAAACAUAAAGCCGACAGUCGAAACUCACAUUAAGCGACCACUGAUGGAGGAAGAGGUGGCAUUAGUAGUUGCCUUGCGACCCGAGGGUAUCAAUUUUACUUACGUGGAUGAGCUCAUGUUACAGCUUGAUAUUAAGGGCUCAGAAAGAGAUGAUACGUUUAAGCCCUCGAAAUCCUCUCGCUCGCAAGCUCCCGCGCAUGAUGCAUCCGUAGGCGGAUGGACGGGAAACGAGAGCCUGGAUGAUCACAGCCGCAGUAAAACCGGUAAUGGUAGCCGAGAGGUGCUAUUCUUUGAGUUCGUCGACGGAGACCUAAAACGCGAGGUGCAAGACAAGAAGACGGGCGAACCUGUGCGGCCAAACCGCAAGCUUCGCGACGAGCAGCUGAAGAUGCCGAUAUACGGUCAGAAACAGAUGGCUCAGCUAAUUGAGAGGAGAAACCAGAAGUUCAAAAAUGCUAUAAAUCUAUUUCUGAACAAGUGUGUGCAAGAUGGACUGGAUCCUGAUGUAACUCUCAGGGAGCAGGCGCAGGCUUUCAUCCCGAAACCAUCUCCAACGAACGAUGUCGCAGCAGAGUCAAGACCAAGUACAAUACCGGGGAAUAUCCCGAAGGAGCGUAAAUCGAUACCAGAGAUUGUGCAAGAGCUGAAAGAAAGCUCUUGGUAUACAGGGCAAAUCGUACCGGACGGCCAUAGGGUUUUCGAGCCUCAAGAGGCUAUUUAUGGUGAUCUUGGUUUCCUGUUGACUCAAGAUCUUGUCAACGCGCUGUAUAAUGCCAAAGGUAUCACGCGCUUCUAUGCUCACCAAGCGGAGGCCCUAAACCACCUCCACGAGGGCAAAAGUGUCGUCGUGGCAACAUCGACCAGCUCGGGCAAGUCUUUGAUAUACCAGCUCCCUGUCCUAUACGCACUUGAAAAAGACUACAAUUCCAGAGCCAUGUACAUUUUCCCGACAAAGGCAUUAGCGCAGGACCAGAAGCGGAGUUUGAAGGAAAUGAUGGUCUACAUGCCUGGCCUUGAAGCCACAGUCGUUGAAACCUUCGACGGUGAUACGCCAAUGAGCGAACGCACUGCGAUUCGUGAAGAAGCCAGGGUUAUAUUCACGAAUCCUGACAUGCUUCAUGUCACAAUAUUGCCACAGGAAGAACGUUGGAGAACUUUCCUGAAACAUUUGAAAUACGUAGUAGUUGACGAACUUCACUAUUACAACGGGCAGCUCGGUUCACAUGUUGCUUUCAUCAUGAGAAGACUAAGACGCAUUUGCGCUGCAGUGGGAAACCGGCGAGUCCGCUUCAUCUCUUGUUCUGCAACUGUUGCCAACCCGAAGGAGCACUUCGAAACGAUAUUCGGGGUUAAAAAUGUGGCGUUGAUUGAUUAUGACGGAUCCCCUUCGGGACGCAAGGAAUUCUUGUGUUGGAAUACACCAUACAAGGAUCCGGGUGACCCCGCGAGCGGCCGUGGGAAUGCGAAGCUUGAAUGUGCCAGACUUUUCUGCGCCCUCCUGCUGAGAGGUGUCCGAAUCAUAGCGUUUUGUCGGGUUCGAGCCCAGUGUGAGAUCUUGGUUAAUGCCAUUAAGCAAGAACUAGAGUCUCUCGGUCGACCAGAGUGUAUAAAUCUAGUUAUGGGCUACCGAGGUGGUUAUACCGCCGCAGAUCGCCGCCGUAUCGAAUCUGAAAUGUUUGAGGGCAAAUUGCUAGGAAUUGUCUCGACUACAGCACUGGAAUUGGGCAUCGACAUUGGCACUCUUGACUCUGUCAUGAGUUGGGGGUUUCCUUAUACAAUUGCAAAUUUGCGUCAACAGAGUGGCCGCGCGGGGCGGCGUAACAAGGACUCCUUGUCUAUUCUUGUUGGGGAUGGAUUCGCGACAGACCAACAUUACAUGCAAAAUCCAGAUGAGUUGUUUACUAAACCUAACUGCGAACUUCAGGUCGAUCUUAGCAACAUGCUAGUUCGGGAAGGGCAUGUCCAAUGUGCGGCAUACGAAUUGCCAAUUAGACCUGAGCAAGAUGCUCAAUAUUUUGGAGCUGAUAUUUCCGACGUUUGCAGGACCCGCUUGAUUCAGGAUGAGAUGGGUUACUAUCAUUGCCAUGAUCGAUUUCGACCUCAGCCAUCUCGCUAUGUCGCAAUACGGGACACAGAAGACGAGCAUUUUGCCAUUAUCGACAUUACAAAUGGUCUGAACACCGUAUUAGAGGAGCUAGAAGCGUCAAGAGCUACAUUCACCAUAUAUGAUGGAGCCAUAUUUCUUCACCAGGGCAAUACGUACCUUGUGCGAGACUUUCUCCCCGACAGACAAAUGGCCAAGGUAGAAAAGGUGAAGGUGGACUGGACAACUACCCAGCGAGACUUCACAGAUAUUGACCCAACAGAGACAGAGGCGAUUCGGAAGAUCCCAUGUUCCUUAUCCCAGGCUUACUAUGGAACAAUUAAGAUUCAGCAAAAUGUGUUUGGGUAUUUCAAAGUGGACAGGAAGGGGCGAGUUCUGGAUGCCGUCCAAGUCGACAACCCGCCAGUUAUCCGGUACAGCAAGGGCAUGUGGUUGGAUGUUCCAAGAACAGCACUGGACAUUCUUCAAGACCGACGUCUGAAUUCGGCCGCGGCGAUCCAUGCCGCAGAACAUGCAGUCAUGAGCUUACUUCCUACAUUUGUCAUUAGCAUGCCAGAAGACGUCAGGACUGAGUGUAAAGUGGCGCUGAAGGAAUUCUCCAAGAAGGAAUCGCAAAGAAAGCGGCCUGCAAGACUGACAUUUUAUGACGCAAAAGGUGGUGCUAGCGGAUCGGGCAUCAGCACCAAAGCAUUUGAUCACAUAGAUCAUUUGCUGAACAUGGCGCUGCGGCGCGUUGAAGAGUGCCAAUGCCAGCGUGGCUGUGUUGAAUGCGUGGCAUCGGUCAUGUGUAAAGAAUCCAACGAAGUAAUGAGCAAGGCCGGGUGCCGUGUUGUGAUCAGGAGUCUGCUGAAUAUGGAAAUUGACGUCGAUCAGCUUCCAAUGGGGCCGGAAGAAUUUAACCCAGUGGGCUUCGAGACUGUUAUACCAGCUCAGCCUGUACCCUCUAGAGGCCAAGCAAGAACGAAAAUAGGCACGAUGAAAAGCGAGAGGCAGGAUGGAUAA